AUGGCCAGAGCUAAACAGACGCAGACCACCCGCGGCCGUCCCAACCGCGACGAUCGGCACCUCCCGGACCGGAGUGUCGCCCGCAAGAGCACAGGUGGCGUACCCUCGAGUCAACGCCCGGGCCGUACACCAGUGCCCGCACGACCGCAACCAUCGCCCACACCGUCGGACGACACGGCCAACAGUCAACGCACUGACACACAGAGCAGUGGUGGCGGUGCCGGUAGUCGACGAUCGGUGUCCCGGCGAGACAUGGCUCGCAUACUCGAGACCAAGACUGGCAACGGGUCCGGCUUUGGCCGAAGAUCGACCGGCGGUGCCCACCAAAUGGGUGGCGUAAUGCGUCCGCAUCGGUACCGUCCGGGCACUAUCGCUCUGAGAGAGAUCCGCCGCUAUCAGCGAUCGACUGAGCUAUUGGUGCCGCGGCUGCCGUUUCAACGGUUGGUCCGCGAGAUUGCGGCCGAUCUGAAGAAUGACCUCAAAUUUCAAUCGGCGGCGCUGUCGUGUCUGCAGGAGGCGGCCGAGGCUUACAUCGUCGGUCUGUUUGAGGACACAAAUCUGUGCGCCAUUCACGCCCGACGGGUCACGAUUAUGCCCAGAGAUAUACAGCUGUCCCGACGUAUUAGGGGUGAGCGUACGUAA